AUGGCGACCACCGUCGACAAGAUCAAGGAGAUCGAGACCGAAAUGGCUCGUACUCAGAAAAAUAAAGCCACAUCCUUCCAUCUGGGCCAGCUCAAGGCUAAAUUGGCAAAAUUGAAGAGAGAGCUCUUGACACCAACAUCCUCCGGUGGUGGCGGCGGCAGUGGUUUCGAUGUCGCCAGGACUGGCGUGGCUUCGGUCGGUUUUAUUGGGUUCCCUUCCGUGGGCAAAUCGACCCUGAUGAGUCGUUUGACUGGCCAACAUUCCGAAGCCGCAGCCUACGAGUUUACAACACUGACUACCGUCCCUGGGCAAGUCAUGUACAACGGUGCUGCCAUCCAGAUGCUCGAUCUGCCUGGUAUCAUUCAGGGGGCUAAGGACGGCAAAGGUCGUGGACGGCAGGUCAUUGCUGUGGCGAAGACUUGCCAUCUGAUCUUCAUCGUCCUCGAUGUGAACAAACCCCUUACCGACAAACGUGUCAUUGAGGCCGAGCUUGAGGGCUUUGGGAUCCGCAUCAACAAGGAGCCACCGAACAUCGUGUUCAAGAAGAAGGAUAAGGGUGGCCUGAACAUCACGAGCACAGUUCCGCUCACUCACAUCGACCAUGAUGAGAUCAAGGCCGUCAUGAGCGAAUACCGGAUAUCUUCGGCCGAUAUCGCAAUCCGAUGCGAUGCCACUAUCGAUGAUCUGAUUGACGUGCUUGAGGCAAAGAGCAGAAGCUACAUACCUGUCAUAUAUGCGUUGAACAAGAUUGACUCCAUCUCGAUUGAGGAACUGGACUUACUCUACCGUAUCCCCAAUGCCUGUCCCAUCAGUGCUGAACAUGGCUGGAACAUUGACGAGCUCCUCGAGCAGAUGUGGGAGAAGUUGCAGUUGAAACGCAUCUACACUAAACCGAAAGGCAAGCAACCUGAUUAUGCUACCCCGGUAGUCUUGAGGAAGAAUGCAUCUACGGUAGAAGACUUUUGCAAUGCCAUUCACAAGACUAUUGUCGAACAGUUCAGGCAGGCUAUUGUUUACGGUCGCUCGGUCAAGCAUCAACCUCAACGUGUGGGUCUGUCCCACGAGCUGGCCGACGAAGAUAUUGUCACCAUCAUCAAGAAAUAG